AUGCCAAAAAAGAGUAAUUUGAAGAAGCCUAAACCAGUGGAAGUAGCAGCAGCUGCUGUUGUAGAAAAGGAGAAAACAAUUCCUUCAUCCAAAACCAAAAAGCCAGGCAGUGAAAUCGACGAUAUAUUUGCCGGAAAAAAGAGGAAGAAACCGGAAUUACAAGAAAAAUCAACUGGAGUUGCUGUUACAGAGCCGAAAAAGGUGAAGAAAAGCAAGGAAACAAGUAGUAGGAUUCCGAAAGAUAAUGUGUUAUCUGAGCCACGACGUCGGUCGAGGAAGAAAACGGCAGAUGGGUUUACUUUAUACACAGAAGAGGAGUUGGGUUUUGGGAGGUCUAAUGCUGGAGGUACUUCACUUUGCCCUUUUGAUUGUGACUGUUGUUUUUAGUGAAUUUUGAAAGGAUUGUUUGAUAUUGAAGGAAUUAUAUCAGUUUUGUAGUGAAUUUGUAGUAGUAUGUCUGUUUU